AUGAGAGAGGCAAAUAAGAAUUGUGUGGCCAAUUUGAAAUUAGUUGAACCAGUAUUGAAAGACAGUGGACGAUAUAACCAUGUGUUCAGAAGAGAGAAAGAGCUGAGUGAUCUGAUUGCUUUGAAUGAUUAUUUAGUUGUCAGUACCGAGAAGCGAGUUGCGAUUGCUUCAGGAUUCGUGAAAAAUAUUUCGUCUUGCGAGUUCACGAUUUCUCUUGAAAGGGACCUAAGCAGCCACAAGGACGGCUACUUCUUUGUUGAUCACUAUACGUCCAACAUGCAGUUGGAUUUCAAUCUUACAAAUCUCGGCUAUCUGCUGGAAAUGACGCCACAAUCGGAUUUCCUUAGAAAUAUGAUCAUCUCGUUCCAUUUACCAGCCUUCAAGCAACUAGACGCUGACGUACUCGAGAAAAGUCAGCAAAUAAUGACAAAAUUGAAUAAGUGCCAAAUGCAAGCUGUACUCCAAGCCCUAUCAACUCAACACUAUCUACUCAUCAAAGGCAUGCCGGGAACUG